AUGUUAAGUGUUACAAAAUCACGUGUGAUAAGAUCCUAUGAAGCUAAAAUAAAUUCUGGAAAGUUGGGACAUCCUGAUAUUCACACCAAGAAUGAUCUUGUUUCUGGAAAGACUCAAGUGGUUGAGCCAUUUGUCUUAGGGAGUGAGACAGAUGGAUCAUCUAUUAAAUCUGUGGAGACUAAGGAUUCUGAAAUUCAGGCUAGCAAGGAAAUCGGGCAGGUGUCAAAAGUAGUUGUUGCUAAGCAAGUCAAAGGAGCUCUUCCUGAAGGUUUUUUUUAUGACAAAGAUUCUGAUUUACUUGCACGAGGCAUUACUCCUGUGAAACUGGAUGUCAAGGAUGAAUAUAAGGAGUUUGAAAAGUUAAUCCAAGAGGAUUUACAAGAGAUAGACAACCGCUUGGAAGAAGAAGAGGCCAGAUAUUCUUUCCCAACUUCCAUUGAAUUAAUCCAGGGGUUGUUCAGUAAGGAAUUGUAUUACUGA